AUGACUGGCAAGGCGGGCGAGGCGCUGGCCCGCGGCCUCCCGAGCAAGCCAAAAGCACCCGACGGCGCGCCUCCGCCCACGGCCUCCGGGCAGCCCGGGGCGGGGGGCGCGGCGGCCCCGGGGGCCAAGGCCGCCUCCACCCCCUCAGCGCCGCGCUGCACCGGCUUCGGCAUCCAGGAGAUCUUGGGCUUGAACAAGGAGCCGCCGCCGCCGCCGCCGCCGCACCCGCGCGCCGCCCUCGACGCCCUGCCCGCCGGCCACCUGCUGGCCGCCCGCUCGGUCCUCAGCCCCGCCGGCGUGGGCAUGGGCUUGCUGGGCGCCGGCACCCUGCCCGGCUUCUACGCGCAGCCCACCUUCCUGGAGGUGCUGGCAGACCCGCCCGGCGUCCACCUGCAGCCGCUCGGCCGAGCGCCCCUGCCGCUCGACACCAGCCAGACGGCCAGCUCAGAUUCCGAGGAUGUCUCCUCCAGCGACAGGAAAAUGUCCAAAUCCUCCUUGAACCAGAGCAAGAAGCGGAAGAAGAGACGCCACAGGACGAUCUUCACAUCCUAUCAACUGGAGGAGUUGGAAAAAGCCUUCAACGAGGCCCAUUAUCCUGAUGUCUAUGCGAGGGAGAUGCUGGCUAUGAAAACGGAACUUCCUGAAGACAGGAUACAGGUUUGGUUUCAGAAUCGAAGAGCCAAAUGGCGGAAGAGGGAAAAAUGCUGGGGCAGGAGCAGCGUAAUGGCAGAAUACGGGCUAUAUGGUGCAAUGGUACGUCACUCCAUCCCGCUGCCAGAGUCCAUCCUUAAAUCGGCCAAGGAUGGCAUAAUGGAAUCCUGCGCUCCUUGGCUGUUGGUUCAAGAUGGCUUUCCCAUGCCCAGGCGCUUUUCUAAACCCGAAUACCAACAAUUCUUUUUAGGGAUGCACAAAAAAUCUCUGGAGGCAGCGGCUGAGGCGGGGAGGAAACCAGAGGUGGAACGCCAGGCCCUGCCCAAGCUUGACAAGAGUGACAAGGAAGAAAGGGGCCCAGAUUCCAAAACCACCAUUUCCCAGGAAGAACUGAGAGAGAACAGCAUUGCUGCCCUCAGGGCCAAAGCUCAGGAGCACAGCACCAAAGUCCUGGGGACCAUCCCCGGAGAUCCUGCUACCCCAAUCAGGAAGCCAGAGAAAGAGGAAGAGGCAGCCACAGCAGAGGAUCAACGGCAAAUGGAAAAAUCAGAUUUAUCAAAAGAGGAAGAGAAGCUGAUUUAGAGGGGAAGGGGACGAUGGGAAAUCAGCCAUCUUCUCAAAGACUAACUCUUCUAGGAGCUACAGCCUCCUGUCAGACCAACAGGGUUCCUCCUGCAGCCCCUACUAAACAUGGAGGUAGUCCCCCACUUGGUCGCUGUGGACUUCAGGAAGCCACAGGCUCAGGCCACGCUCUUUCAGGUGUCUCUAGAGACUGAUUCCCCUCAGGAGCACAUUGUGUCUGCUCCUCCUGCCCUCAAGAGCACUCUUGCUCUGCUCUCUUCCCCUUCCCCCGUUUUGGGGAGAUGAGGGUCAUGUACCACCAUAAUAUUAGUCCCAAGAGGAAAAUUAAGCUAGGGGGGGACUAUGAUUUCCUCAAUACCAGCCACUAAGCCAAUGUUGGGUCUUUUUUCUCUUUUAAUUUUAUUCAGUCUUUUUUUCUUCUGUUCUCAUCCCACUCUCAAAAGAUGACUUUAUCAUCUCUCGUUGUGAGAGCAUAUCUGUCUCUCCUUGUCUCAGUCAAGUUAUUAUGGCUUUUCCACAGAAGGAAAACAAACCCCCUACCCUGUUAAUUUUUAUAUGUUAAUUUAUGUAAAUAUAUAAUAUUUUAAAUUGUCUAUCGCCUAGCAUUGAGGCUGAAUUUAGAAACAAAAGGAAGCCAUUCCCUCCUUUAAAGGUUGGGCCAAAUUUGCAACUGGCCAAGUGGCAACCCUACCUCAAAGAGAAUCUCAUCCUCACUGCAAAGUCAGCAUUGCUGUUGAUGGGAGUCCCAGUUACCCUUCUGGUGUAAUGGUGAAUUUCCCUUGGAGAACAUGCCCUUGUGGCUUGUUUGUGGCACCCAGAUUGCAGCAUCCCAAAAUCUUGACUUAGUAUUCUUGGGUGGCUAUAUGAAUUUUCCCUUUAGCUCAAAUGACUUUGGGGAAAAAUCCAUGGAAAUAGUUGCAUAUAACACUGAGUUCAUUCUGAUAGGGGUUUACACCUUCCAUAAGUGUCUUUCUUUGUAGAGUCCUGGAAUGUUAUGAAAUUGGAAAGGAAAACUUGAUAAUAAAAAAGAGGUACCAGGACUUAAGUCUGCUUGAAUGUCAUAGCAUCUGAUCUGGAAGCUUUUCCUUCUUACAAUCUUGAUGCAUAGAUUUUGGCAGGGUUACUUAAUAAUGAGGCACAUGCACCCAGUAUAUGAGCAUAUGUACUCUGUUACGUAUCAUUGUACAGGGGUGAUACCUAGUACUCAAAACCAAUAUCAGGGUUUUGUCCUAGGGAACCUGGACCAAACCAAGCUUGGGAGAGUUCUCUGAAUUCAAGAUGGAAUAGUUCUGAAAUAGAAGUGGAGAAAUGGAGAAAAGCACUGUUGGCCUCUAAUAGCCAAACUUCAGGGAAGGGGGAGGGAAGGAUCUUAAUUUUUUUCAUGGCUUUUUCAGUCCUAAGAUUUUAAGGGCUGGUUCAUACAUAUGUGCAUAUCACUGGGUUACUCAACAUUUGAUUACUAUUGGAUCCCUGUGUGAACUGACUACAUCAUAAAGAGUCACCUUGAAGGUGAUAUAGAAACCUUGCCAGAGUUAGAUCUGCAAUUACUCAUUCACACAUGGAAAACAUCCUUUGAUGCUGCUCAAAUGAUGAGGAUAAAUUUUUGAAAUUGCCCAUAUAAAGCACAUGCUAGCUAUCCUUGUUAUGUGCAGUAGUGCAAUGUGAAAUAAAGCACUUAUGGACAUCUUGGGGGUCCACCAGUAAAAGGGAUAUCAUGUUACUUAUAUUGCCAAUUGAGUCGAAGAUUCUGAUCUGAAGUCAUACCCACACAGUCAUAAGAAAUCUCAGUUUCAUAGUAACAUUGUCCUUUUUUUGUUCUUCAUUGAAGGCCCCAGGAUAGCAAAUCCCCGUGUUCCUUUUCCUAUCCUUGUUUCUGGCAAGAGGUGUUUUUACCAGGUUGCUGUUUUGUUUAUGAUUGAUCUUCCAACAUAACUCUUCUCUGUCUUUGUCUCCCAGUUCUUUGGCGUGUUAGAUUAUAGCCCAUGGUGUGUAAAUAAUGUACAUAUGGUGAGAAAAGUUGUUAUUUGAAGUGUUUAAGAUACAAAGUUGUAACAACUUCUAGUCAUUUGAAACCUGUGAUUUUUGUGCCAUUUUCUGUAAAGAUAUAAAUCAGAAUUAAACAGAACUAAAGAUGGGCAGAA